AUGGCUGGCGUUGUCGACCCAGAGUCCGCCAACAAGGCGACCACGGCUCUCGAGAGACCUGACAUGUCCAAAACUCCACCCCGCUUCGUCAUCAUCGGCGCCGGCUCCCGAGGGAAUGCCUACGCAGACGCAAUUCAAAAAGUCUGCAACGGAGUGGUAGCUGCAAUCUGCGAGCCCCUGAAAUUCAAGCGAGAGACCCUUGGUCAGAAAUACAUCUGGGGCAGGAGUCCCCCUCAAGAAGGCCAAUCCUUCGGCAGCUGGACCGAGUUUGUCGACUACGAAAAGAACCGUCGAAGGCGUGCUGCUGCGGAUGAAAGGGUCCCUGACGGCGUUGACGGCGCCUUUGUAUGCGUCCUUGACGAUAUGCACAGACAAGUUGUCGUAGCUCUUGCCGAGCUGGAUUUGCACAUCAUGUGUGAGAAGCCGCUUGCAACCAACUUGGACGACUGUCUGGCAAUGUACAAGGCUGUCAAGCCCCUAAAAGGCUCCAAGAUCUUCUCCAUCGGUCACGUCUUGAGAUACAGCCCUCACAAUCUCAUGUUGCGAAAAUUACUUGUCGACGAGCAAGUGAUCGGUCAUGUGAACAGUGUUGUCCACACGGAACCUGUGGGAUGGUGGCAUUUUGCCCAUUCUUUUGUCCGAGGAAAUUGGAGAAAUGACAAGACCUCUGCACCAUCACUCUUGACCAAGAGUUGUCACGACAUGGACCUCUUGCUCUGGCUCGUCUCAGCACCCGCCAAAGCUGGCCGAGGAGAGCCACACCUCCCUGACUACAUCACGUCAACUGGCGGAGUGCAAUUCUUCAAGAACAGCCGCAAGCCUGCCGCCGCCGGGAAUGCCACCAACUGUACGAAAUGUCCCCUUGGAGACUCCGGCUGCAAGUUCUCCGCCAAAAACAUCUACCUGGGCAACAGAAUUGGGCUCGCCCGCGGAAACACCAAGUGGCCCGUCGACAUUGUCGUCCACGACAUUGAGGACUACAAGACGGACGAAGAGCGCCGCCAGGUCGUGCUCAAGGCACUCAGCCAAGACUGGGACGAAUCCACCCCCAAGGAGGAGGUAAGCAAACGCCAGUGGUAUGGCCGCUGCGUCUACGAAGCAGACAACAACGUCUGUGACGAACAGUUCGUCACCAUCACUUGGGCCGAGUCCGUACGCCCAGCCAAGCGUGUCACCUUCCACAUGUCGGCGCAAACCAAGCGACAGUGUGAACGUGUGAGCACAUUCUACGGUGAACACGGUGAGAUUCACGCCGACUCGAGGAGGAUUACUGUAGAGAAUUUUGCUACGGGAGAGACCAAGACAUAUGAGCCUACUACUACUGACCUUGGCCACGGGGGUGGCGACACGGGACUCGCACAGCAGUUUGUGCUAGCAUGCGACAGGGUCAAGAACCACGACUGGGAUGCAGGCAAGGCUCAGAAUGAGCUCGUAGGAUGUACUCUGGAGGAUAUCAUUCGUAGCCACGCACUUGUGUUUGCUGCUGAAGACGCUAGAGUGAACAAAAAAAUUGUCGAUUGGCAACAGUGGUGGGAUGAGCAUGUCACCAAAGUUGUUAGUGCUUGA